AUGGAUGGCGAGAACCGCAUCAUACUGAACGUGGGAGGAAUACGUUACGAGACCUACAAAGCCACCCUCAAGAAGAUUCCGGCUACUAGACUGUCGAGGUUGACUGAGGCCUUGGCCAACUAUGAUCCCAUACUGAAUGAGUAUUUCUUCGAUAGACAUCCAGGGGUUUUUGCGCAGAUCCUCAAUUAUUACAGAACCGGUAAACUGCACUACCCCACGAACGUGUGCGGCCCCCUUUUCGAGGAGGAAUUGGAGUUUUGGGGGCUGGACUCCAAUCAGGUGGAGCCGUGCUGCUGGAGCACGUACAGCGUCCACAGGGACACGCAGGCAACUCUAGCGAUCCUCGACAAACUGGACAUCGACGCUGCAAGGCCGAGCGAUGAAGAAGUCGCCAGGAUGUUCGGUUUCGAGGAAGCCUACUACAACGGCACUCUCAGCAGGUGGCAAAAGCUCAAGCCCAAAAUUUGGGCACUAUUCGACGAACCGUAUUCCUCGUCGCAGGCUAAGGUACCGCCGUUCAAUGUGCAGCACCGAAAUAUAGUUGCAGGUGCUUCAGUUUUCUUCAUUUGCGUAUCGGUGUUCUCGUUCUGCCUCAAGACCCAUCCUGGUAUGAGAGUGAAAUGCGAACACGUCCACAGUACAGAGGUCAAUUGCACUGAACCUUAUUGGUAUUUCCUAACUGCAGAACAUUUAUGCAACGCUUGGUUCACGUUCGAAUUAUCAGUUAGAUUGAUAGUGUCUCCUAGUCUGAUCGAAUUCGUGAAAUCUCCUGUCAAUAUAAUCGACUUCGCAGCCACCCUCAGUUUCUACAUCGACCUCAUCCUCAUGUCGGAAAAGAAAUCCCAGCUGCUGGAUUUCUUCAGCAUCAUCAGGAUCUUCAGGCUGUUCAAGCUGACGAGACACUCGCCAGGACUGAAGAUUCUCAUACACACUUUCAAGGCGUCCGCCAAAGAAUUGGGACUGUUGGUGUUCUUCUUGGUGCUGGGGAUAGUGGUCUUCGCCAGUUUGGUGUAUUAUGCGGAGAAGUUGCAGGACAACAAAGACAACAGCUUCAAGAGCAUCCCAGAAGGCCUCUGGUGGGCCAUCGUCACCAUGACCACCGUGGGCUACGGCGACAUGGCCCCCAAGACGUACGCUGGCAUGUUCGUAGGUGCCCUUUGCGCCCUUGCGGGAGUUUUGACCAUAGCCCUGCCUGUGCCGGUCAUCGUUUCGAAUUUUUCGAUGUUCUACUCUCACACGCAGGCACGAGCCAAGUUGCCAAAACAACGGAGAAGUGUUUUACCUGUGGAACAACCAAGAAGAAAGAAAAUAGAGCAAGGCACUAACAGGAGGAUGAAUGCUAUUAAACAUAAUCCUGUGUUAUUCAAGAAUGCAUUCGAUGAUAAGAUAGGUAAUCUGAAUGGAGUUAAGGUUGUUGGUUUGACACUGGAAGGACCGUCCAUGCCAAGUAUAGCAAUUCUACAUCAUAACGGCCCAUACAACAUCAAUUCGAAAGUGAGCGUUGGUACACCAACUGUCGCCCCCUUACAACCGCGCCCCGCCACCAUCGGCAGCGUGGACGUCCUCCCCCUCCAACCGAAGUACCUCCUCAACAGUGGCAGGGAGUACCGAUCGGAACCGCGCGAGCUCCCCAAGAGCGAAGGCCAGCUCCACGUGCUGCGAUCGUCCGACCAGUUCCCCUCCAACUUCUUCUCCGACAGGAGUUCUGUCAACCUGACUGGAGCGGGUAUAAGCCUGGCCAGCGUGCCGGCCAUGGCUAUUGGCAGUUCCACCGAGGUGUUGGUCAGUAUCGUCGAGAAUCAGGUCAAGUUGAGGAGGAGUUCCAUGAUGGAUGUCAGUUUCAAGGGCGAGGACGCGAGGGAUGGGAGGAGGUCUCCGGAUUUGGAGGACUUGAAGUCGCCCAGUACGGAGUUUACUACUUCUACGUUGCAGAGUACUCCUGUUGAAGAUUGUAAUGUUAAGAUUAGCGAUAGUGCCAAAAAUUGUGAUAUUUGUGAGAAAUCAGAAUUGGAAACGUAUACUAUCUGA